AUGGGGAAAAACUGCACGCUAUUAAAUAAUGUUGGUGUGGGGGAAGUGCAGUGUCUGGAGAUGACCACUAAGCGGAAGCUGAUUGGCCGGCUGGUGCCGUGCCGUUGUUUCCGUGGCGAAGAGGAAGUGAUCUCAGUGUUGGAUUACUCCCACUGCAGCCUGCAGCAGGUCCCCAAGGAGAUAUUCAGCUUCGAGAGAACUCUGGAGGAGCUCUACCUCGAUGCCAACCAGAUUGAGGAACUACCCAAGCAACUCUUUAACUGCCAGGCCUUGAAGAAGCUGAGUAUGCCGGACAACGACCUCUCCAACCUGCCCACCACCAUCGCCAGCUUGGUCAACCUCAAGGAGCUAGACAUCAGUAAAAACGGUAUCCAGGAGUUUCCCGACAAUAUAAAAUGCUGUAAAGGCCUGUCUGUGGUGGAGGCCAGUGUCAACCCUAUCACCAAACUCCCAGAUGGUUUUACGCAGCUCCUGAAUCUGACCCAGCUCUUCUUAAACGAUGCCUUCUUGGAAUAUCUGCCCGCUAACUUUGGCAGACUUUCAAAACUACGGAUCCUGGAGCUUAGAGAGAACCACCUGAAAACCAUGCCAAAGUCCAUCCACAGACUGACACAGUUGGAGAGGUUGGAUCUGGGUAGCAAUGAAUUCACUGAGAUGCCGGAGGUGUUGGAACAGAUCCACAACCUAAAAGAGCUGUGGCUGGAUAACAACUCUCUACAGUGUAUACCAGGGGCCAUAGGAAAACUCCGUCAGUUGCGGUACUUUGACUUAGCUAAGAAUCGCAUUGAGUCGUUGGACACGGAUAUCUCAGGCUGCGAAGCCUUAGAAGACCUGUUACUGUCCUCCAACAUGCUGCAGCAGCUCCCUGACUCUAUAGGAAUGUUGAAGAAGCUGACAACAUUGAAGGUAGAUGACAACCAGCUGACCUCACUGCCUAACACCAUCGGGAGUCCGAAGCCCAAGCACGGUCUGUCUCUUUUGGAGGAGUUUGACUGUAGUUGUAAUGAGUUGGAGUCGUUGCCUCCCACUAUCGGCUACCUGCACAACCUGAGGACGUUUGCUGCUGACGAGAACUUCCUCAUAGAGCUGCCCCGGGAGAUCGGUAACUGUAAGAACGUGACGGUAAUGUCGAUGCGUUCCAACAAACUGGAAUUUCUUCCUGAUGAGAUUGGACAGAUGACUAAACUAAGAGUCCUUAACCUGAGUGAUAACAGGUUAAAAAAUCUACCGUUUACCUUUACCAAGCUGAAGGACCUGGCAGCUCUCUGGCUCUCUGACAAUCAGAAAACCAAAGCUAUCAAUAAUGACUCCUAG